AUGCGCGGUGGCCCAAACAAGGACCCACACGCGGAAUGCAGGGAAAACAAAUUAUGCCUCCGAGGAACGAAGGAGCGGGGAAUAGGUAGAGGGCGGAGGGGGGUUCUGGCGAGCCACGGGCGGAGUGCGGAAAAAGUUUGGCGGGAAAGAUUUGCCGCUGAGGAGCACAUGCUUCAGACGAGGACUUCCCCGCCGAAGGUGCGACGCUGAAGAACACACGCAUGAAGGUUUUCCCUUCUCUCUACCCCUCAUCCCUCCCUCCCCUCGUCCUCCUUCUCCAACAUACACACACUCCCUCCAGAGGCUCUAUGUACUGCCUAUAUGACCUGGGACGGGCUGGUUUGCAGGGCAAGCAGAGUUCUCCAGGACAUCCCUCGGGAAGCAACCUCGAGUAUGUAGCCUCGGUUUUCAGUUCUCUCUUGUGCCUCGUGGAGAGAGUUUCCCUUUGCGUUGAUGGGUCAAGCGGGUUCUUUUUGCGUGUGUAUGUGCGGCAGAAUUCGUAUUCGUGUGUUGGCAGACAGGCUGUGUGAGUUGAUCAAUUAUUGAGAAGCGAUUAAUGUUGAUGACGAGGACCUGCUUUUCUUUUGCUCUCUUUGUGGAUGCGCGCGUUGAUGAAAUGAUGCAUGUUACGUGUGGUGGUGAAUUGAUCAAGGGUGAAUUAUUCAACGUGCUUCGAGACGAACUUCGGGGUCAAGUGAAUCAUAAUCUGAAACCAUAGAUUUUUUUCGUACUCCCGUGGAACUUUCGUAAAAAGCAGUAUUUUUUUUUUCAUUGUGCAUUCGACAGUGAGAGGUAUCUGGAAUAGUCAGAUGGGUUUUUACGAUCUCGAGGGGGAUUGUAUAUGGGUGAUGUAUUUUCGACGUAAGCACCAACUACGUGGAAAGCGACUUUUUUUUAGUGAGGAAAAUGUCUUCUUGUUCUUGAAAAUCUGAUCGUUCGGUGUUUUUAAUGAAUGGUGGAUUAUGUGCUGCUGGUGUGGGAUUGUGUUCGAUUGAAGCACGUGAUUUGGACGAUGGGCAAUAAACAGAAAGGAGGUAUUGGUUAACCAUUCCA